AUGUCGAGGAAGAGGGAUGAGAUGGCAGAUCUGCCGCCGCCGCAGCCAUGGGAGGCCCCUCAGGGAGGUCUUCCCGCGCCGAGCUCCGCCGUCCAGCCGCAAGGGCCCGACUGGACGGGGGCGCCCACCACCACCGCUGCCGCGCCGCCCCCCCACCAGAGAGCCACGGCGAGAGGGGCCGCCCGCGACCCGGUCGCACACGACCCGCAGCGCCAGAGAAGGCUCGCCGGAGCUGCCGGGAGGCAACCGCCGUCGAAACCCACCCGCCGGCCUGCACCACCACGCGCCUUGUCGCCCAUCAUGCAGCCACCACGCCACCGUUGUCGGCCCCCGCCGGAGCGCCGCUGCGCCGCCGCGCCCGACAUCCAGCGCCGCGUCCCGACACGCGAGAUCCGGCCCGCGCCGAGAUCCCCGCGCGAGGAGAUGAGGGGAGCCCCGCCACCGGCGACGACGACCGGGCUUCGCCCGCUCGCGCCCCUCGGCAGCGAAACAACUAUUGCAACAAGGGCUUUGUUUCAGAAAAAAUGCAGCAUUGGGCUGGGACGAAUCAGCAGGGAGGGCUUCCCCGACAUCGGCAACAUCGAUGGAGAGGCCAUGCGAUGCACCGCGCGCCGCUGGAAAGACGACAGGGCCUCGCGGGAGAUGUGA